CACAUCUCCAACUUUUGGAUUCUUAGUCGCCAUGAGCAUGAUGGACGUGGAUGUACAACCUCCGACACAGUUGACUGCUAUUGCCUCUCCUCAGCUCGCAGAUGGAUUGGCUACUCUGCCUAUGUUGAUUCCCUUGAACGGCGCUGUCGUCAAUGGAAACAGCACACUACCCACCGAGCCCCCAUGCGAGACCGUCUAUGUACAGAAUCUCAACGAGAGCGUCACGAUGAAUACCCUUAAGCAGACCUUAACUAAUCUUUUCAAAAAUUAUGGCGAGGUCUUGGACGUCGUCGCGCAUCACAACCUACGAAUGCGUGGACAGGCUUUUGUCAGCUUUGCCGACCCCGAGGCAGCAGCGAAGGCUGUCAAGGAGGUGGAUAGAUUUCCAUUGUACGGAAAGCCCAUGAAGCUCUCGUUUGCAAAGACGCGCAGUGAUGCUGUUGUCCAGAAGUUGGAUGGGACACAUAUGGAGGAGUACAAGGCAGAACGGAUGGAACGAAAGAAGCGUGCACGCGCGGACAACCCCCUGCGGCGGAAAGCUCAAGCACGGUUGAAGGCUAGCGCCGGUGACGGGACUGCGCCUCAGGCAGGAAGGAGAAUCGUUCAAAUGCCGGACGAAUAUCUGCCGCCGAACAAAAUUCUCUUCCUACAGAACCUGCCCGAUUCUACCACCCUCGAUCAGCUUCAAAUGCUCUUCUCGCAGUAUCCUGGUCUGCACGAAGUUCGUCUCGUACCAACAAAGAAGGAUAUUGCGUUCGUCGAGUAUGUGGACGAGAAUGCCGCCAGCACCGCAAAGGAUGCUCUACACAAUUAUCGGCUGGAUGGAGAGGCCAAGAUGAAAGUGACUUUCGCCAGAAAGUAGAAUUUUCAUGUUUGUCUUGCAUGUAUACUAGGAUUCGCCCCUGUAAUGCACCUUUGGUGUGUCUACUGCUUGACUGGCGCCCGCGAUCAACCC